AUGACGAUGUGCACUCAGGUUUAUCAAGUUUCAACAAUAUACUUCUCAGAUUUGAUUGUUCUAGGGUUUGGAGGAUCGUUGGAUGUGGUGGCUGUUUUGGAUUUUGUGGACUCUGGUAAGGAUUUGAUUGUUGCGGCUGAUGCGAGUGCGUCGGAUUUGAUUCGGAGUAUUGCGGCUGAGUGUGGAGUUGAUUUUGAUGAGGAUCCGUCUGCUGUGGUUAUCGAUCAUGGGAGCUAUGCUGUGUCAGGAACUGAGGGGGAUCAUAUGUUAAUUGCUACUGAUGAUUUUAUUAAAUCUGAUGUGCUUUUAGGAAGUACUAAAAUUGAGGUUAGCUUUUGCUUGUUUUAUUUGAAGAAUAGUAUUAGUGUGGUUAAUGACAUGUUCAAUCCAGCAGGGCAAAAUUAA